GUGUCUGUAAAUUGAGACUAUAUGUCUGCAGCUCCGAUCUUAGCAGCUGGCUGGUUGUGAAUGUGACUUUAAUUUUACGGCAUGUUAGCCGCAAGAAAUUUGUGCCGUCUUUUCUCUUUUCAGCAAGUCCAGCUGAAUAUCACAAGGAGUAUGGCAUCUUCUCAGUCAAAAGAUCUGAAAGUGAAUCAUAACUGUGAGGAGCAAGAGUUUUACAUCGAACUCGAUCCACCUGACAGAGCUAUUCUGGACUACGAUCGUCUAUCAGAUGGAUCGGUUGAUAUGCAUCACACUGGGGUUCCAACAUCGUAUCGUGGGAGGGGCAUCGCUGCCAUUCUGGCAAAGGCAGCCUUCUCCCACUUCACCUCAGAAGGGACCAAGAUGAUGUUGACUUGUACGUACCUCCAGAAGUAUUAUAAGGAACAUCCGGAUGCCAGCACUCCAGACCUUAUUACUCUACCAAGUUAGCACUCAUUAACAGAGCCACGGUGAGGUUCAGAGAUCACAGAUCAGAUAAUCAGUCAGGCCUCAGUUAUUGAAUAUUGCAGAAGAUCAAAGGAACUGAUAGGUGUUUUGAAAUGAGCAAUGAUGGGAUUUGUUAUAAUUAUUCUACCAGGAUAUUAAACAAUGCACACAAGAUCAAAAGAACUGGUAGGGUUCUAAAAUGAACAAUGAUGGAAUGUGUUAUAAGUAUUCUACCAGUUUAUGAAACACUGCAGGAGGUUAAAAGAUGUGUGAUAGAGAUUAGACACAAUUUUACCAGGAUAUUAAACACUGCAGGAGAUUAAAAUGAAAUGUGAUAAAGGUUCUAACUUGAACAACAGGGACUCUAUAACAUUCAUUAACAUAGUAAAUCUAUUUAAAAUAAGACCUUAUUACUCUCCCAAACUAUUGCGAUCAGAUCAUGAGAAAGAGUGGAGAAUUUAUGAUGAUCAAUCAGAUACUCAAUAGAAUCUUACUACUCUAAUAAUUGUUAUUAUGAUUUAUUUGGCAAAUGAAUUAAUACAAAGAAUACAUAACAAUUCAGAGAACAAAGAAUUCAUAAUAAUAGAAAUUAACCACUGGAAUGCCAAGGGUAGAAAUAGUUGACUUAAUUGUGCCCCAAUUCAUUUCAUUUCAUUUUUUGGUUUCGAGUGGUUAAAAGCAUAGAAUGAUUUAGUGAUUGAUUCUGAAAUAUAUAUAAAGUCUGUUCAAAUCUAUCUCACUUUGAAUUAUUAACCACAACUUUCUAAAGAGUAUUAAGUAUGAAUGAAUGUAUUGUAUGAGACUUAUACUGUGCAAAUUGAAAUAAUGAAAUAGCCCAUAAUAGGACAUGUGGUUAUGAUAAUAUUCCGCAUUAUUUAGUGCUUAUAACAUUAGAACAAUAUAUUAUUACUCCAUUCAUUGAAUUCUGGCUUGCCAGCACUACUGCAUGUACAGUUUAUGGCCCACACUUUGCUGCACUCAACCCAGGUGAGAUGAAUAGGUACCCGGCAGGAUUGAUUCCUUGAAAUCACCAAGCACCAGACCUUUAGCAGAUGGAGCUAAAGCCGGGGUAAUAUAUAGUGUGCCAAUGAAUAGACAACUAGAUAAUUGGCACCUCAUAAAUGCUACAUAUUAUUUUCAUGCACAAGCUCCACUCCCUGGGGAGUAUUCCAGCAAUGACAUGUCAUGAAACUCUAAUCACUGAACUAUCAACAUUGACGUUCACAUCCUACUUGGUACCCAAGAUUGAAAUAAUUGUAGAGAUUCUGAAAUGAGCAAUCAUAUAAUUGAUAAAGAUCUUAUUGCACUACUAUGAAAUUUCCAACAGAACUAACUUUAUUCAUGUAAUUGUUAUGGCUAGUGUUAAAGACAGGGUAUAUUUAUUGUUACAAGAUAAUCAGUUGUUUUGGUAAAAAAUUGUGAUUAAUUGAUAUCUGGAAGAUGGCAUAAUCAUCAACUUGAGACUGCAGUCUUAUUUGCAUUCCCUUUAUUCAAUGAUAGUAUUAAAUUAUGUGAUAUUUGUACAACACUUUUUAAAUAUUCUAAGGUUGUUAAAAAAAGGAGGGUCCGAUCAAAUUAUACAAUAUGUGUACUUGCAUGUACAUCAAUAUAGGAGAAUGCUUUAUAAUAAAUGUGUUUUUAUCAGAUUUUGUUGACCUUUGAAAAAUGAAGGCUACAUGCACAAUUUUAAGGUAUCUACAAGCACAAAAACAUUUUAAAUGUACAGGUAUGUAUGCUUAUAGGUAUUUCAUGGACUGUUUUCACAUAUAUAUAAAAAUAAUAACAAUUGUGCCAAACAAGGAUAAUAUGUUACAUGGGCAAUUAUGAUGUCGAUGAUGUCUACCCAUCACUGCCUUAUAUUUUAACCAUGAAAUCAAUAAAAGAUAGUUUAACCUAUUGUAUGAAAACCUGCCAUUUAUUAUGCAUUGCAUAACAAAUCAGAGAUCUUUUGAAAUUUAUUGAAUUAGUUGCAGCUGAAUAGAACUAUUGUAAUGGUUCAAAAAAAUGUUGUUUAUAUUGGACACUGCUCAUCUCGUCUGAAGGUUUUGGGUUUAUUCUCCACCCGUGUUAAUGUACUUGUUAAUAUAUUUUGAUGGGUGUUUUUUUAAGGCAUCGUGAACAUAAAUGUUAAAAGUACUUUUCACAGACUAGAGAAUAUGACGUUGGCCAUUUUCUGUUCCUAUGAAGCAACUGGUGAGAUAAAAUCUAGAAGCAUUUGGUCUUUAUAUCAUGGUCCAUGUCAUGCAAUUGGUUUAUUCCCAUUUACACAGGUCUUUACAAAAUAAGGUUUUAACAUACUGAUUAUUACUCAUGAUCAUGUGAUCAUAAUAACAUUAAAAAGUUGGAUCAUAUAGAUAGUUGAAAAAUUCAGCCAUGGACAUGCUACGUACAUAACUACACAGAAUUAGACUUUAAAAAAAAAUUGUCAACAUAUUGUACAUACUGCGACACGUAUGGCAGUAGAUAGAAUGAAUAUUGGACCAAUUAAUAACCAAAGUUGGUACUCGAUCAUACAUACAUCUGAAAGGAUCUGUAUUAAUUAGUAAUCAAUAUACGUGUAUGUGAACAACCAUAUUUGUUGUGAUAGCAGAUGAUAUUCGAAGUGUAAUGGUAUAAUUAAUGUCUUAUACAUUUCUCAGGAAAAUAUGGACCUGGGGGGCGUUUCAUGAAAGGACUUGUCGGACGUUUUAUCCGACAAGUCCCAUUUUAUCCGACAGUUACUAUAGUAACAGUACCUCUCAGCCAAUCAACAUCAGAGAAAGAUGUCAGAUCUGACAACUUGUCGGAUGAAAAUGUUGAUGAAACACUCCCCUGAUCCUGUUAUUUUGGUCAGGAUCAACCAUUAAACACAGCAAAAGUAAUUGAAAUGCAAGUUAUUUUAUGACAAGACGGCCGAGACCUCAAUGGCUGUUUUUUUUUCUCAGUACCAUUUAAUAAGGCCAAGUAUAUGGCUGCCUAUAAAUUUGUAUCUAUAGACUGUGUAAAGGUGAUUUUGGGGGCUAUAAUGAAUUAGUUUGCUGCCAAUAUACCUGAUUCAACAAAAUUGAUUGUGUAGAGUGAUAAAAUAGGGUUAAAAGGAAAAGGGAAGUGAAGUGAUUAUUGACUUAAUGAAUUGAGUGUCAAAGGGAACUGUUUGAGAAUUGGUAAGACUAGAUUUGAUUAUGAAAUGCCACUUGCAGAAUGCUACAAAUUUAAAAAUGAUGCUGCAAAAAUUAAUUAGGAGUGCGAAAUGUGCAUUGAUUUAUGAAAAUAUCAAGUACUCCUAUUUUUUAAAUUAUGCAUACAUCAAAACAAUAAAAGAUAUAUUUUGAUUGAUAA